AUGUUUCAGGUGUGCUGGAGGUGGCCUCACAGGUAUUUUGUAAAUACAUGAUUAUUUCUGUCCGUUUCCUGUCAUUACGGUUAUCAGGGUUCGAGCUCCUCCUGGUUUAUUAAUCUGGAUUCACUUCCUCUGACCUGUAGUAAUGCUGGUACCUGCACAAUAACAGGUUAUUAUUAUUAUUAUUAUUGAUAAUCUCAUGAGUCAGAACAUACUUCCUGUUGGUUAAUUCACUGAGUGGUUUAGUGGUCUGAUUCAGAUCCACAUCAGACCAUCACAGUCUCAGGUCUUCAUAACCUCCCUGAUUUUAAUAAAAGUCAUUUAAACUCUUAUUGCAGGAAAACAGGGAAUAAAUGUUCAAACUGCAGCUUCACUCCGUCCGUGCACACGUGUCUUUUCUUCGAAAGCUCGCCCCUGCCCACGUCUCCCUCCCCUCUUCCCCUCUCUGCUAAAUUCCUUCUUCCUGUUUUUGCUGAGAACUGAAUUUUCUCCAAGUAUGGAAGUAAAAAAAGAGACAAAGACAUGUCAGCAGGGAUAUUUUAGAGUGAGGAGAGAGGAACUGACACAGGAGGAUGUAAAACAGGGAGAUUUAAAGAGACAAAGAAGAAGAAGAAGAAGAAGUGUGUUGCUCAACAGUUGGAGAGCGUGCUCACGGCUCAGCCUCACACAGACAGUGUGGGAGUGAGUAAAGAGAGCAUGGGGAGUAUGCGUGAGUAAAACAGCGUCAUCAGGCACGGGGGCGGAGCCUGUCAGCCUCUGGGUGUUAUUGGGGGCGGGGCUUGGAUGCAGCGAUUGACAGAUUAAAGCAGCGGGGGCGUGGCUUGUUCUUGCAGACAGAGAAGCACGUGGCCGGCCCCGUCUGCACGAGGGAGCAGCAACAAAGACCAACCAGUCUGGGGAACAGAACAGAACACAGGACAUCUGCUGCACACACAUGCACACUCUCACACACACACACACACACUCACAUGCAGGGGUUCACAUUUGUUCAGCACACGCUAACAUGUGGUUGCACAUACAGUCCCAUACUAAACACACUCACUGCAUGCAAAUGACUCUGCAGCUGCAGGAACACUCCGUUUCUGCAAAUCUGCUCCUUUCCUGCAAGUUCUCGCUCCACACACACUCUGAGUGACACACACAGGAGGUCAUCGCAGCGCUCAGAUACCCAUGUAUGGUGAGGUUUUCUGUGUGUGUGUGUGAGAGAGUGAAAGAGAAGAGGGGGGUUCAGUUAGCUGGGAAAGUUUUGGGGGACUCCUCCCUGUGAGGGAUAACAAGAACCACAUUCAUGAGCGAGGAGAGGAGCUGCAGCAGCACUCAGGGGUCUGAAUGGGCCGCCGCUGCUGAAUCAGCACAUCACAUUCAUGUCAGCCUCAACGUUGUGGUUCUCUCUGUCCUUUAGUCGCUUUAUUUUUCUAACAUGUACUCUUUUUUAAGACUUUUAGAGGUUCUGGGACCCCGGUGUCUCCACCCUCACAUGUUUCCACCUGAGUCUCCCCAACAAUUACAUCAACCUCAGACUAAAUGGGACUGAAAGUACAGCGGAUUUACAACAAAGCUGUCCCUGAUCUCCCCGAAUCUUUCAGACAGGCCCCCUCUGUUCACGUCAUGUUUUUCUUCACUAACACACACUUGUAGCACACACACACACACACACACACAAGCGUCGUCACACCCUUGUUGAAAGGCUGCACAUGAACUUGAAUGUGGACGGACCCGGGUGGGGGAUCAAGUUUUGUAGUGAAGGUUUUAAACAGCCUCCGUGCGGAGCUUAUCGAGGCCCGCACACGGCUUAUGUAAAUGGAUAAGCUGCCAUUUCCACCACUAGCCCCUUUAUCAACAGAGCCUCACCACGCCGACGCCAGACACGGGCAAGCUGUGCCUCUGUGCGCGUGUGUGUGUGUGUGUGUGUGUGUGUGUGUGUGUGUUGGACGGGCCAAUAUCUGCCUGGUAACUACAGACAGGCUGUUCCAGAUCCACAUAAGUAAUCUACACACACACACACACACACACUCACAUGAGGAGCAGACUGAAACACAACAGAAAGCAUCACUGCAAAUUGUAUGCAUCCGUUGUCAUGGUAACAUCAUCACUUUCAGCUCCUCACGUGCACACGUCAUGGUCGUGGAGGAGAAUUAUCACCCCGCCUUUCUCCUCCAACUCAGCCACCAGCACCAUUAUACCAAACCACCCACACACACACACACACACACACACACACACAUACAUACAGUAAUAGUGAAACCUCCACACACACACACACAGAGUCUGAGCUAUGACAGUGAGGGGGAUGGGUAAAGAUACUCGACACCUCCCACUCUCUCCUCAGCUGCACUGAAACCCGUGAACCUUCACAUACUAAACAGACAUAUACACCUCACACACACACACACACACACACACACACACUCCUUCUCUCUGCCUCUGCUUAAACAAAACACACACACACACACACACAAAGAGCUCAGUGUAAAACACAGGCUGCCUCUCUGUGCUUUCUUUGCCCUCAUAUUGAAGAGCUCAUGUAAUGAGAGAAACGUGCAGCAGCUGUGACUGAUACACGCACGACAGAUUUGCAUUUAAACGCCACAUGAUGAUGAUUUUGGAGACAGACUUUAAACCUGGAACACGCCUGCCUACUGUAUCCACCACCAUCACCUCAGGUCUUCACUAUCAUUUGAUUAGGUUAUUUGAGUUCUCUUUCAUCAGUGAGUAACCUCACAGGAUCCUCCUCUCUCAUUCUGGCUGUAUGUAAAUAAAAUCACCGUCAUCAUCACAGACAGCAGCGUUUAGAUCACAUGACACUGACGUUUAUUGUUGUUAAUAUAAGUGUGUGUCUCUUUGUUUUAAUCAAGCCAAGAGGAGAGGAGUGUAAAUUUGAAACAAAAGUUGAACUGUUUUUUAUCAGAGACUAAUGAAAGUCUGCUGAACGCUGAGCAGAGCCCAUUACAAGGUAAAUCCUCAGAGUACCACCAUAGACGGUUUAUCACUUAUCGAGUCUCUUUGAUUCGUACAGUUUAACUGAAAAAAGACAAACACACAGAAAUGUAUAAGAAGAUCAUCUUUAAUGAAAACAGAGAAGAAAUGAGACAUUAAACAGCUUCACAGCGGGGUUGUCACUGGUACACUGACUUUGGUGUGAACCAUCGUUUUAUAAAAACUAAUAUUUGGCACUUAAAUACAGAAAUUUAAAGGGACAGAUAAUAAUUCUCCUGUUACUCCUCCUCUGCAAUGUCAGAGGUCCAAAGGUGUAAUAAUGGGGUGAAGUCAUUCCUCCUCUGAUCCUCCCUCUGAAGGAGGCGAUGUGCAGAGGGAGGGCAGGUAGGGCGGAACAGCGCAGUGUGUGUGUAUAUGUCUGUGUGUGCAUGCCUGAGUGUCUCCUGCUGUGUGUAAACAAGUCCUGUAUCUUGCAGCAGUGUAAUGAAAUGUGUAAACACACACUUGGACACCGAUACUGCACCUUUUCUCAGUCGAUGUUUCUCCAGCUACUUAAACACUUAGUGGAUGCUGAGGGUAACUGGAACCACAGAGAUCCACACUGUUUAUUCUUUUAACUCUUCUGAUUUGAAAUAGGCCGAUGUGUUACUGUGAAAUAAUAAAGAUGCUUUUGUCAAAGAGUUAAAUUUAAACUCUGUAUUUGUGCCUUUCAUUCUGCUUUAUUUUUACAUCAUAAUUAGUCGAAUACUUCACUGAAAAAACUUGACAGCAGAUAAAAUUGAAAGUCAUGAUUAACCCAAAGGUCUCUCUCUCUCUCUCUCUAUAUAUAUAUAUAUAUAUACAGUAUAUUUGACGUUGUCUUCCUUUUUUUGAUGAAGAGAAACAGUGUUUGGUCACUGCAUAAUGCUUUGAAUUGUUUGUUUAAACUUGUUGAUCAGUGUUGAAAUAAAGAAAUAAACCUUUUACCUUUUUUUGUGUACAUGUUAUAUAACAAAGACAAUAUAAGUCCAGUGGGUGAAGACCUGCGUGUGUGUGUUUGUGUGUGUUUGUGUGUAUUCCCCUGCAGAAAGCUGGGGGAAGUUCAGCAGCUGGACCUACUUUUACUUUCGCUGGGUUUCUCCACUUCUAGUUUCAUCAUGUAUUCUGGUUCAAACUGGAGCAAACAGACUGAGCCGGCAGGUCGUUUCCACACUGUUCUGGGGUACCAAGUUUCCACGAAUCCACUCGCUGAUAUGUGACAGUAUGUUCCCUCGACCUCUCUCACACACACACAAACACACACCCAGCCUGCCUGCCUGCUUGAGUGUUUGUUUUCUGCUGAGCGUGGCCUGCAGUGCCGGGGGAUGUGUGUGACGUUAUCCAGACAAGGUGGAAGAAUAUGUCAGGACUUGUUAGACCUGCAGGGUAAACUAGAGAUUACAAACGACAGACUGUGGGGGAGAGGAAGGAAGGUGUUUUCAGACUUCACAAAACAUCGGCAGAAGAUGAUACAAUCUGCUGGUGCCAAAAAAUAAGGACAAACAAAGUCAAUCUUGAUGUAACAGAAACCCUCACGCAAUGAUGUUUGUAUCUCAGUGACUGUUAAACCUGAUCACGGUUCUCCUUAUAACCAGUAUCACAAUCUGGAUCGCAUGAGAAAGUUGGUUAUUUCCAGGGCUGUAGCAACAAUAUUGAAAGUCCUGCGGCACUGGGACAAAGGUCCCCUUGUUUAAUCACAAACCCUGUUUAAUUUUUAGACAGCCAUGAAAACCAGACUGUGACAUUUCCAGUUAAGGCUUUUACAAAGAUUCACCUGAAACCUGAUUUUUAUUUCUGCACAUACAGAUCACUGAGGACAUAAGCUCAGUGAUCUGUAUGUGCAGAACUCACAUCUACAGACACACACCCACCAGAAACUUGGACACAAAAACUGUCGGUCAGUCAGGUUGACCUGCUACUAUAGAGGCAUAGUCCAAAUAGGGUUUUGGGAUCACUAUUAAACUGUGAAUAGAUGUUAUUUCUGACCUGAAAAAUGAGUGUCAUCUAAUAUGGAUUUCACAACAGCUUUCUGACAGCUGCACAUCCUGAAACUGUCCUGAUCCGUUGGUUCAGUUUAACUCUUAUCUUUUGUAACCUCCUAGAAGACGUGUUUACACUCUCCUAUUAACUACACAAGUGAGAGAGAGAGAGAGAGAGAGAGAGAGAGAGAGAGAGAGAGAGAGAGAGAGAGAGAGAGUGUGUGUGUGUGUGUGUGUGUGUGUGUGUGUGUGUGUGUGUGUGUGUGUGUGUGUGUGUGUGUGUGUGUGUGUGUGUGUGUGUGUGUGUGUGUGUGUGUGUGCUCCUGGUCUAGGUGAAGACUUUCUUAUGAGUUAUGGACCUCUGCAUUGAGUAGUUAGGUCUUUGUUUAAAGCUGGGCAGGAUAAGAUAAGACUCUGGACAAUAAAACCAUAUCCUGCUGACUUAAACAGUCAAAUAUAUUAUUUGUUAUGAGUAUUUCAUGUAGAUAUAACAAAAAAAGGUGAUAUCUUAGGUUCUUAGCUGAUAUCAACCCACUUGAACAGGUUAAAUGCAUUAAAAAUGAUGAAUGAAAAUCAACAAUUUUGUCACUGAUAGUCAUUAAAAUGAAAAACAAAUCAUCUAUAAGGAUUUCAGUCUGUCUAUUACUGUAAAAAAAAAACUAAUUGUAGGAGCUUUAAAUGACAUUUUAAAGUAGUUAACAGUGUCAAGUUAAUAUUGUGUUUUUAUGUGUAUUUGUAGAAAACAAAUAAAAGAAAUGUUUUAAGAUUUAAAAAUAGCGGAAGAAGCGGAUUGGUGGCCUGUGCUGAAAUUGGGGCGUCAGGAUUGUUUUAGUUCUUAUUUAACUCUUUUUAUUGCAUCAUUUUUUAUUGCAUUUUAGUCAUUCUACUGUGAACUGUUUUUUGAACAUGUAUUCAUUAUCUGGUUAUGUAUUUAUUGCUGAUUUGUGGUUCUGUCAGGGGAAUGUUUGGUCCAUAUGCUGCUGUGAAUGUCUGAUAUUUGUCUGUUCCUGAUCGUUGAACAACAAGGCGAGUUUCUGUGAAGUGAAUUAGCCGUAGGGGAUUUAUAAAGUUAUCUGAAUCUGAAUCUGAAAAAAAAAAGCCAAACAUGCGACGAAACUGUUUUGUAAAGAAACAGUAAUAAUGGAUUCACCCUGAUACAUGCCCUCCAUAUUGACAGUAGGCUUAUCUCACCCUAACCCAGCUGCCUUUAGACUCCAGACAACAUGUUUACACUCUAAAUGUCAAGAUAAUGUGUGUGUGUGUGUGUGUGUGUGUGUGUGUGUGUGUGUGUGUGUGUGUGUGUGUGUGUUAGUAGUUGAGUAGGCAGUCCACUGUCACUCACUCAUAAUAACCCAUCUUUCCAGUUAUAAAUCUGCUGUUGUUUUGCUCUCCUGACACACACACACACACACACACAGACACACACACACACACACACACACACACACACACACACACACACACACACACACACACACAGCAGGGCAGGUGGGUUUAAGGACAAACAUGUUAAAUCUUCGACAAUCUUCGGUAUUCCCCGGACACUAUCGUCAUUCAUGUCUUGUCUAAUUCAGUCAUGUCAGCACCUCUCUCCUCCUUCACUCAUCCAUUCAUUUGUGUGGAUUACUCAAUAAACAGAUUCGUGGCCUUGUAGGAGGAUGACGAAUGGAUGUGUAAUAAUGCAACUCUAACGCAUGCGCUCUGCGGACUAACCCCCUCCUCGCAGAACUGUACACAGCGCUCGAGGGCUCCGCGGGCAGCCAAUGGCGACACGUUGUUCUCCCCGUGACAUCACCCGCCACUCCUCUUACUAAAGAAGGAAACAAACAUCCACGGAGAGGGAACGGGAGACGGCCAGAGAGAGGAAGAGAGGACGGAGGAGAGGAAGGGACGAGUAAACCCACCGAACUGCCUGUCAGGGGGAACAACCACACACUAACGACACUUUCAGACGGUCAAACGGACAUUACUUCACCCUGAGACCCCCAGACUUGUUUCUUCAGCCAGGACAAACGGCUACUUUCCUUGUCGUCUCGCGAGAAACUUCGUCGAUUUUUAGCAGGUGAUAAUCUUGGAUUAUUUUUCUUUCUGUUCAAACAAGGAUUAAAUUAAAAGUCAGUGUGUUUGGUGAGAGAAAAUGCUGAAAAAGAAGGGGUGUUUUUGGACCGGUUAGUGGUCGGUCAUGGCGACCUUUAACGUUGGAUUGAAAGGUCAGGUGGUGUAUGCGUGACCGUAUUCUGUGGUGUUUCGGCGAAACGAGUGACCGUGUAAACUGGCGACUCUCAACCGAAUGUAACGGUGGUCGUCGUCGUUGUUAAAACAGCUGUUACCUCACGCUCCCUGUAACUACGACAACCACCGACGCAUUUAGCUGAAAGUCUCCAGUCAACACGGUCACUGUUUUUGUCGAAACACCGAUGAAAGAGCCUCUUUUUCGGUCUUUUGUUCGCUAAAGUUGUCACCGCCAUCAUCACGUCCGCCUCCUGACUGGGAAUAUCACAAGCCCUCAAACGUGACUCCGUCUGGUUGAGGAGAAAAACAAGGGAGGGAGCUCGAUACUGCUGCUGUUAGCUGUCUCCUGUUUUUCUAUCUGCCCCGAGCUGGGGGAUGGGGAACCAAAGCCAGCUAAUUCCUGUCUACAAAUAGAAAAUUCAUAAGCCGAAAAGGCAAGUAGAGCGAAAAAGCUGCCCUGAAAUUACUACAGAGCUUUUUGGUGAAAUAUUAAACGACAUGCCAGCGAAGCUUCGCCGAGCCUUUGCAGUAGUUUCAACGAUGGUCGGUGUUUGUUGGAGCUCUGUGGCAACACCAAGUCGGUACCAAGUACUUAAGAGUGGUUAUAUAAUGGUGGUUGUUCACAUUGCUUCGUGGAAAACAGAUAAAAUGGUGAGUUUGUGAAACGACAGAGGAGCUCCAAAACGAUGUCUAAACAGGAAGCAGAGAGAUUGUAGACAAAGGAAGAAACAAAGGGAGCAGAGAGCAGACUGUCUAGACUGAGGGUUAUUACAGAAAACUGCUGCUGACCUCCUCCACCUCUCUCAUCAUCAUCAUUAUUAUUAACAACAUGUCCGUUUUUAACCAGAAUAAAUAUCUCUCUGUGGUGUUUCUCUGUUGUGUCCCUCAGUGUGACUCAGUAGUUUUGAGUCCAUCAGGGCCUGAAAUAUGAGCUGAGCCUGCAGCUGAUACAGGAGCUAAGUCUCUUUGUUAGCUGGAGAUUUUCACAUUUGCUCUUCAGACCAGCUCCAGUUGUCUGUUCUGCCUGGAAACCAAACCGCACAAACUUCAAGUUACGCAGGUUUGAACAUUUUAGUAUUUCAUCUGACAGGAGGAAGUUGUUGGUUAAUGAUAGGGGCUGUUAUCUACCCUGAGCUGGAAACCCCCUGACUUACCCAGAUGGAUGUUCAUGUUGUUUUUCAAAACACUAUACACCAUAGAAGGCCGAAUUUAGCUCUCAACGUUAGAGUACAGUUUUUACAGGUCUUUGUUUCCCUUAUUUGCAUCAAUGUAGCUGCAAAUUAGUGUGAUGAGACCAUCCUGAGAUAUUUUAGUGUAAUAUCACAAACAGGAUUCUCUAAUUUGAUAGAUGUUUAAAAGCUCACAGACAUGCAGCAGUCUUGUUUUUUUGAGUGAUUUUGUCUCUUAUUUUGAAAGGUUUUGGCAGAGAUGAGGUCAGUAAACCAGCUGUUUGACAGCUGGACCCAAACAUGACAGCUGAGCCACACAGUCUAUUGUUCCUUUGUGAUAAAAGUCCACAGACGUGGUGAACCUGUGCGCUCACAUGGCUCCUUUUGUGUUGUUUACAUGAUCAGAUGUGAUCAGCUUAAGUGACGCCUCUUUAUUUAGACGCUGCAGCAGUCGAGGGUGAAGGUGUUUUGUUUGAUGAGAGUUUCUGGAGUUACAGAAAAUGAUCUGAUGGAUCACAUGUAAAGAAAAAUCCUUCUUCUUGUUAGAUUGAAGCCUUCAGCCUGGUCCUCCUGUCUGGUAUUUUUCAGCAGUCAGCAGUUGAACACGUGACGCUGAGGGAGAGAAGGUCUUUGUGGGCUUUUCCAAGGAAACCCUUUGUUGACACGGCAGCGAUAGCAUGCAGGGGCAGGGGGGAUAAGGGAGGGGUUGGCUCAGGAUUUAAUAGCACUUGUUAGUCUGUUGGUGAGGUCGGGAUACCUCGAAUGAACUGACAGGACGUUCUGAAACAACUGGCAGCCUCUCCUGGAACAUGAAGCCAGCCUGUCCCCUGUUUGUGUCUGUGAGUGGAAUAAAGAGGAGCUUCACACCGACACGGGCGAGCAGCUGCCAUGUUACAGCACCGAGGGCUAAAGGUUGUUUACAGGGAGAAUCUGCCGCUCUGACUGUGUGUGCAGGCAGGUUUGUGUUUUUCUGGGGGAGGGAGUCUGGUUUCAGCUGAUCUGUUGAUCUGUAAAAACAGUCUCGGGGAGGACUGGCACUCAGGACGCCUGUUACCCAACUAAUCUGAAACUUCCUGUCUGACUGUUUGUUCAUUCAUCGAGGUGCUUCUCGUCUGUUUACCUCAAAGGCUGCGCCGCCUAUCACACAAAUUCCUGCUGUAUUACAUUGCAACAUAGCUGAGCAACAACGACGUCAUCGAGCUACUUGCUUCGCCAAGUUACGCACACACACACACGCGUGUUUAUGGGCGUGUGUGUGUGGAGAAAUGACUCGGGAAGUUUUGAAGUCUGCAUGUGUGGCAAGAAGCCGAGGCGGAGGAGGGAGGAGUCAGUGAAACUCUCGACCUACAUUCUUCUUCUUCUUUAUUCUGACCUUGUGUGUCUGUAGAUAGACGCUGGUCGGUGUCACUGCCUGUUUUCGUUCCUUUUGUGGCCCAGAUGAGUCAGACAUGAGGGUGUUGCAGAGUCAUGUGUUGAUCAUGAUGCUCAAUUAUGAUGCAUUAGCUCAUUUUCCUCUGUACAACACGUCCUCCUCAGACAUAAAACAGAACUAUCUCUGCAGCUGUAAGGCAGAGGGGUGACUGAGAUCAGAUAUGAAAGGAAAGGCUUCAGGGUAACUUCUAAAGACAGGACAACCCCAGCACAGAGACAGGAGGGUCAUGUGGGGGAGGAGAAAGGGGGACACAUCAGCGAACAAAGCUGUGGGAGAGAACAGAGUCCGGCUUCUGCCAAGGUGCUGAGCAGGACUCACUGAGCAGGACUCACUGAGCGCUGUUUGUUCUCUGGACUUCCCACAGAGGAGCGUUCACGGAGCAGGUCACAGACAGACAUGUUGUUCAUCAUAUCAUGACUCCUCUUAUCUGUCUGUACGUCCAGCUCCUCUGUGAGCAGACCGACAGCGUGUUUGUGUUCUUCCUGCUGAACGAUGCUCUUUGUGUGUGACUGUCAGUCUAAUAAAUAUUCUUUCUCUCUUCCUCCCUUAGCAAUGGCCCAAGAGACCAACCAGAGCCCGGUGCCCAUGCUCUGUGCCACAGGCUGUGGUUUCUAUGGCAACCCUAGAACCAAUGGUAUGUGCUCUGUUUGCUACAAGGAACACCUGACGCGGCAGCAGAGCAGCGAUCGUAUGAGCCCCCUCAGCCCCAUGGGUGAGUCUGACAAACCCGACGACAAGUCACUGACCUGAAUAUCUGCUGAGACGGAGGAGUUACACACACACACACACACCCGUCUUUGUUUUUCCAGUCGCUGUAAUGAAAGAGAGCGGUUUACUUUAUUACAGUGUUCAAGGUUAGAUGGCGUUCAGUCUUUGAGACGUGUCAAAGGUCAAACUUUGACAGAGUGCGACACUAACAACCUGUUUUCACACUUUAACACACCCGGACAUCUGAAGGGACCAUGAAUCAUAAAUCUGCAGAACAUGAACCUGAACAUGAACCUGAUGUGUUUCAUGAAGGUUUUAAUUCCAGUACAGGAAUAUUAAAAUAUUCUUUAUCUAAACCACGUACUGAAUUUACAGUCUAGUGUGUAUUUCUGUAAACAGUGAAGGGUGUCUGACCCAGUGAUCGACUACACCCUGAAUAAACCGUCUUCUUAGCUUUUCUACAGCAAACACUGAAACAUUUCACUUAAAACUAUUUUCAUAAGGGGCGCCACUUUAACACAAACAGAAGCUUUAACUUCAUUAGGAGACAAAUGUCCGUUAAAGUUUUGUCUGACUCUGUUUUUGUUCAGGCUCAGCUGGUAGUCCUACCUCAGAGGCCUCAGCCAUCCAGAGACUAGAAGCCAGCCUAGCCAAGGUUGACGCCUCCCCUGCCUCUUCACCAGACAUGUCUAGGUCAGUAUUUUCUCCGAUUAAUCAUCAACCCUUUGGUUUUCAGCUCUCAGCUGACCUUCAGCUCAUCUUUGUUUCUUCUUUGUUUUAACUCACUCUGCAGAACUGUUCAAGGAUCUCUCCCUGUGACUCAACAAAUGACAGAGAUGAGCAUCUCGAGAGAGGACAAGCCCGAACCCUUAGAGCCUGGUACGGCACACACGAACAUAAACAAGCGGGGGGUUUGACACAGAUGUGGGAGACUUCUCAGGGCAAACAUCACCUUGUAGGACCCACUGAAGCUGCAGUUUAUUUUUGAUGCUUCGCUGCAUACCUGGAACCCAACUGUUGGUUUUACUUACAGCCUCUGAGAAAGAGACGGAGCCUAAAAAUAGAGCUUUAAAAAUACCUCGACACCGGAGGGCUUUCUCAGAUUGAGUACUGCCUGCCAGGCUUUCUCAGAGCAGUGUACCGUUUUCUGCCAAGACCAAUUUAGAGAUCAGAUACUCCACAUCCUUUACUAUCAUUCUGGAUAAAAGUGCACAACCUGAAGCUGUAACAAGAACAAACAGCAGGACUCUGCUCCUCUCAUCUAUCCGAGCAUGACGGCUAAUUUUCUCUCUUCUGUCGUCUCCCUUUCAUGCAGUUGUUAGCCAGCCUGCUGCUUCUAGCCCAACUCCUGUAGCUUCUUCCAGCAGCGAAGAGAGCAAGGGUGACACCCCCAAACCCAAGAAGAAUAGGUGCUUCAUGUGCCGUAAAAGGGUGGGCCUUACAGGUGAGUGACACAGAGGUGCCUCUGAUUCAACACGUUUUAUUCUCAGUCAUCACAGAAUCAGACUGAAACUGGACCGUGUUAACACACUGGUCUGACUGGAAACUUCUCAUAGUCAGGUUGUCACACCUCGAUAGUCCAUGAGCAUUCUGAGCAUGCUCAACAAAUCUGCACGCCUGACUUUGGCCUGUCAGUCAAACGUGGAGUGUUGCAAGAAUCAGGUUCAAAAACAAAACCUCAGAUUUUACAACAAAGACAAAGACUUACCUGUACAUGUCAACAAACUGAGUGAGCAGGUGUGUUUCCUACUGCUCUGACCCUUGACCUUUACUCUCCCAGGGUUCGACUGUCGCUGUGGUAACCUGUUCUGCGGCAUCCACCGGUACUCCGACAAGCACAACUGCCCCUAUGAUUACAAGGCCGAGGCCGCCGCCAAGAUCCGCAAAGAGAACCCCGUGGUGGUCGCCGACAAGAUCCAGAGAAUAUAG